AUGAACAAUACUGAUUAUACAGUUAUCCAAGUACUUCAGAGUAUGCAAGAAACACUUCUUGCUUUGCAAAAAAGACAAGAAGCACUCCAAAAGAAACAAGUAUUGAAUCUCGGUAGGGCAAUUCCAAGACCUGUACCAAAUAUCAAAGAUAUACCACUGGUACACAUCUACAGAAUGGUGAGCUGUGAUCUUGGAGUUGAACUAGAUAAGAAAAACAAGGCAAUUCUCAAUAUUUGUACACAUCUUGUCUGCAAUGAACUGGCCUCCAUUCCUUCUGUGCAAGCCCUAGGACCAAAUCCAAACUGA